AUGAUUCCCGCGUCCGCAUAUAUUCACGGGAGGCUCGGCGACCUCGAUAUUGUCAGUUCAGUUUUUUCCAACGUUCCAUUCAAGUACUUUUUUGCAGAUUGUCGCAGGAUGGCGUUACCUCCAGCGGACAAUGAAUGACGAGGAUCGACGUGGGUUUGAGCAGAUGAUCAGAACGCCUGGAUUUUGCAUCAAAAAGUUCGAAGAGAUGUAUUUGCUCAAGAAACUCAAUCCAUUUGCCAAAAGUGAGCUGCCUGCGCGCGUGGGAGAAUAAUCGGAAAUCUGUUUUCAGACAAGCAAGCUGAACCAAUCACCUUCGUGCACAACGAAUGCCCGUCUGGAAGCUGCAAGAACCUCGAGGAGAUAAUUCAGCUCAAAGAGCGCAUGAAUGCAUUCAUGACCAGUUGGGAAAAAAUUGGGAAGACCAUCGCCAACAAUCCAUUCACCUCUCAGCCAGAGGACAUGAGUGGACUCAGGGCCAGCUGGAAAAAGUUUGAGCAGACCAGGGCCAGCUAUCCAUACACCGCUCCGUCUUCGUCGAUCAAUGCUGAAAUCCUCCAGAAAGAGGAUGAGCUGGAGCAGAGAGUAAGGAUGACGAAUUAAUGCAUUUAUCUUGCAUUUUAUGUUCUUUCUAGACCGAAGAGCAACUCGUCAAUAUGGAAGACAAGAAAGUUAUUGAUCCGGCCCCACAAGAUACUCAGAUUGUUGCUCGAACUGAGAAGAAGGACGAUCAUGUCAAGUCGUCGUACAAGAAGCAACCUGAGAAAGAACACAAACCCGUUGAAGCGGUGCAAAUAGUGAUUAAGACGGACGAGGCACACAAGUAUAAUCAGGUUGGACACACUAAUGAUUCAUGUCGUCCUUACUACUGACAUUUUAAGGGUGCCGUGUCCGUCGCCGCCACUGUUAGUAAUAAUCUGGACGAAACCGGUGACAAACGUAAUGUCGACGAGGCAACCACAAGUCAGAAUGUGCCACGUCAUCUGGAGUGCGUCACCGAAAUGGUUGAAUCAUUGGCCAGGAACAUGGAAACUCUCCCUGUCGUUUGUGAUGAAGAGGCUUCUAGCCAGGCGAGCCCGAUGCGUGAGAACAGCCCGGUUCGAGUCGAUAUGGCCCGUUCGUCAGGAACUCCGGAUUCUGGGAUGAUUUCCGACGUCUCGGAGUUCAAAUCAACCACUGCUGAUGAAAAGGGCAGGGAGAAAAAAAUAGUGGACAUGGAGAAAAAGACCGGUAGAGACGGCAGAAGAUACCGUCAACAGAAAAAGAAGGAAGCGGAGUUGCUGGCGAUGGAACAUAUGAAGUUGGAGGAGCAGAAUGAGGAUGCUGCGGAGCAGGACUCGGCAAAAUCAAUCGGAGAUCAAGCAAAUGAGCAGGGAGGAGUUGUUGCGUUGACUGGAAAAGAAAAGAGACGGCUGAAGGACAAACUGAGAAAGGAAAAGAAGGCUCAGGAGCAGGAGAUGAUGGCCAAUUCCGUUCCGGUUCCGACACCGGCAGAACCUGUACAACUUGUUGGAGAUAUUCAAGAGCAAACGGAAUUGGCAGUUGAAACUGUUAAAGAGCCAGAGACUGCUGUGGAGAUCCCAACUGUCGAGACUGCUGUGGAGAACCCAACUAGGGAGACUGCUGUGGAGAACCUAAGUGCCGAGACUGCUGUAGAAAGCCCAGCUGCUGAGACUGCUGUGGGGAACUCAAUCGUCGAGACUGCUGCGGAGAUCCCAACUGUCGAGACUGCUAUAGAGAGCCCAUCUGCCGAGAUUGCUGUGAAGAGCCCAACAAGGGAGACUGCUGUAGAGAGCCCAACUACCAAAAAUUCUCUGGUGAACCUAAGUACCGAGACUGCUGCAGAAGGCUCAACUGCUGAGACUGCUGUGGGGAACCCAAUCGUCGAGACUGCUGUGGAGAUUCCAACUGUCGAGACUGCUGUGAAGAACCCAACAAGGGAGACUGCUGUGGAGAACCUAAGCACCGAUACUGCUGUAGAAGGCCCAACUGCUGAGACUGCUGUGGGGAACCCAAUCGUCGAGACUGCUGUGGAGAUCCCAAUUUUCGGGGCGUUGGAAGAAGAUCCGCAAAUAGUAUUCACAACUAUCGAACCAGCUUUGAUGACUGAGGGAGCACCACCACCUCCUCCGAAAGAUGCCGUUACCUUCGAGCCUGUGUUGGAUGAUGAUGCCGACCAGGACGAAGAUGACGCCCCAAAAAUGAGUCAUGGACAGAGAAAGAGAGCAAAGAAGCGAGCCGCCAAGGGUUUGUACGUGGUCAACGGCAAGGAAGGCACUCCUCCGCCACCUCCACACUCUGUCGAGCUGCUGCCCGGUGAGUUCAGAAUUGUUCAAAUUGAUCAGCAAAGCAGACUCGAAGAAAUGCGCAUCGGAGACGUUGAACCGAACAGAGAGAUCAACUUGGACCAGAUUAUAGAAGAGAGAAAGCAGCUCGACUGUGGCCAAGCUCCGAAACAGAAGGUGAGAAUAAUCAGUGCACUUAUGCGGACCAUAUUGUAACAUUUCAGAACUACUACGUCGCUGGUAACUUGUCCAAGAAUAUUUUGGACAACGGAAAAUGGUUGGCUUAUGUGAUCGAUGACAAUAAUCCGGAUGGAACUCCGAGAGUUGGCGAAGUGAGCAACGAACAAGUCGCACAGACCAUAAAACAUCUCGAACGGAAGAAGAAGGAGAAAGACGGAGGAGUUCUGAGUGACGAUGAUCUGCCCGAAAGCAUUGAGGACGAGGAGUUUGUGGGCUGUAGCAGCGACUUCUUGACCAGCAGUUCCACUUUGCCGGAGUUGGAUGCGGACUUUGUGAGAAAAACGUUCGCUGAACUGGAAGUAAAGGGCGAAGACGCCGGUGAGGCACUCUGUAUCAAAGAGCAAGUCGACGUUGAGAAGUUGUCUAUGGAAGCGCCGGAUGUUGAUGAUCUCCAAGUGUUCAUGAACAACAACGAGACUGACGUGGCGAAAAUUCCCUUUCAUACCGACUGUAAGUGACCUAUGAUUUAACCUCACACUCCUCAUUUUCUGUAUUUCAGUUGCCAAGAAAACCGCGCCAAUCUUUAUUGCAAACAACGCGUUCAUCGAGUUCUGCAAGCAAUACUCGAACUCGAAGUACGACAGCGCAAGAAUCACAACUCUCGUCAGAAAGUACAUUGACACAAGAAUUGUUUUCCAUUUUGAGGUUAGAAUAGUGUUCUCGUUCCCGUUACUCGUUAACAAAUUUUGCUUACAGAGAUUCAAAAAGCUGGCGGAUCGCGAAUCGCGCCGUAUUUCCAAGUGCUGGACACAUAUCCACGAGAGCUCCUCCUACGCGUUGAUGGUCAUGCUUUUCAUCAACAGUCCAACCACAAGUGUGGGCUUCAAUGACAUUGAGACGGUGCUGUUCCCACAUACCAGUGAAGAUUAUCACGCCCGUUGA